CGCACCUUUUCGAUUUCUUUCCCACUGCGAAAAGCUCCUUCUAGGAAAGUGCAACAUUGAUUGUACUUCUUGGACCCCGUUAUAAGGUCCGUAAAUCGUGCGAUGAAAAGGCGAAGCAGAGCGGAGAAAUCUUAGAGCCACAUGACCGUGUUUUCUUACUCCGAAAUUACGGAAUGAAUAACGUCCGGAGCUAUGCCGAGAAAAAAGGAGGAGGAAGGCAAUAUUGGCGAUUCUUUUCGAAAUGUAUUAAGGAAUAAUUGAAAAUCUGUAUUUCAACGUGAAAUGUAGAUACUAAUAUAGAUAUCUAUGUCUAUAUUAUAUAGGACUCGAGAUCGUCGAGCGUGUCGUCGAUUGGCCGUCGAAUUGGGAGUUCUAGGAACUUUAGGUGAUCUCACAUCCCACAGCCAAUCCGCAGCCAUAUCUGCGACUUGUCAUGAGAUGCGAUUUCGUCAACAAGUUAACCAACUUUUUCUUUUUGAAACGCUAUAUUCUAAUGUUUAAAAAUAUAAUUCAAUCAGUACGAAGAAAAUUUCCAACAGUUGCAAAAUAAACGUUCUGCCGAACGCAAUCAAAGUUAAAGCGAGUAAAUCGUACUUUCAAGCAUUGUUGACUCUGCAAAGUUUUUAAAUUCAGAAAAGUAUCCAGAGGAAUUUUGUGAGAAUAUCUAAGUUCGUCGGAAGCACAUCCGUCAUAAUUGACGUAAUGGCACGAAAUAGGAAAUUUGCAAAAUUUUAUAUUUAUAUUUUCGUAUAUUAUUUAGAGGAUGAUUCCUAGAUGCAGAGAUUUCCGUUCUCCUGUUUGUGUUUUCUCUCGGAGGAAGGCGGAUUUGAGCACCACUGAAGCUGAAGUCGCGUAUACGAGACAUUACGAGACCCAAAUGACCCAAUAGCGAACGAGCAGGCUAGAAGCAACAAAUUAUUGUUGCCGUGGUGGGAAUAUUACACCACCACGCUUGUCCGUUUGGAUGGUUCGAAGUUUCUUGCUCUGACAAAUUGGUCUCCAUCACUAAUUGAUUGUCGCCGAGGAGGAUUGUUCCUCGUUUUCAACGUCGACGUGACGCAGACAAGAUCGCUUGAGAAAGAAAACACGGAAAACAGCGGACGCAUGGAGGAUGAUGACGCGCCCCUUGACGUAGGCCAUUUUACGUAGCAUCGGGACUGAUGAAAGGGCCUGUUCCUUCAGGGGCAAACUCGCUCGCUCUCCCUUUUCGCAUACUCGUCUGCAUGGAUCUCAAUCAAAAGCGCAAGAUGUUCUUAAUAUGGAAUGAAAGCAGAAAGUAAGAAUAGACUGGUUUAUCUAAAGGAAAAAUCUUUCAUACAAUUAAAUAAGAAAAUUAGAGAUAGAAAUUAUUACGUGACGCAAUGGCAAAUGGAAUGGAGAAGAUAGAAAUUCUGAAGAUUGAGGAGUGUAGUGAUCUAAUUGUGGACGAAACUAAUGGGAUUAUGUUUGACAUGGACCUCUCACAAGAUGAAUCUUUAGUUGUAACUGACAGCACAGCCACUGACAAUAAGAAAGGUGUGGUUAUUUCAAUUGUAACCGAUUAUCAAUGUGUGACAUGUCAACGUAUUUUCCAAUCAAAGGAUAUGUUGCAGAAGCAUGUAGACACAUGCAGAGAGGAAGAUGACUCAAACAACAUUCUUGGUAAUGUAGUAAGUUACGAUUCAGAAGAAGAGGAAGAGGAUGAAGAUGAUCCACUUUUAAAUGCUGAAGAUUCGGAUUCUAAGAGCCAAAAGAAUAACAACGAGAAACCUCUCAUCAAACCCGUGCCUGAAACGCAGUGCCAUUGCUGUGCGGAAGACUUAAAGACGGCUCAUAGCGGCGGAGAAUACAAAUGUUCACAUUGUGAUCUCAGUUUUAAGAAAAAAGCAUCUUUGGAAAGACACGAUGUAGUCAUACAUUGGAUUUGCGAGUCGUGCACAUGCAAUGAAUGCGGUUCUUCUUUUCGUGAUAAGAAAGCUUUAAAUAAGCAUCGCUAUACGACACACGGAGAUCGUAAAAUUUUUAAAUGUGAUCCUUGCGACACUUAUUUCUCUCGGAGCUAUCACUUAAAUCGACAUAUACUGCAGUCUGGUUGUCAUGGUAACAUACUUAAUAAAUUCAGUUGUCAAGUUUGCAAGAAAGACUUUACGCGUAAGGAUAACUUGCGGGAACACUUGCGUACUCACGCGGGCACGCCUCAAAGACAAAAGAAGAAAUGCAACUAUUGCCCAAAGGAAUUUUUUACAUACCAACAAUUGUUGGUACACGAACGUAUGCAUACGGGAGAACGACCAGUCCAAUGCGAUUUAUGUCCGAAGACAUUCCUGUCGCCGCUCGCGCUGAAAAAGCAUCGUCGUGUACACACUGGAGAGAAGCCGUUUGAAUGUAAAUAUUGUCAAAGAAAAUUUGCUGCUCGCGAAACGCUGAAUCGUCACCUACGGACGCACACGGGUGAAAAACCACAUGUGUGUCAGUAUUGUGGCAAAUCGUUCAUUCAAGCAGCGCAAUUAAGAGCACAUGUGUUCCAUCACACUGGAGAAAAUGGUUUCUACUGUGAUGUGUGCGACAAGGCAUUUAAUCGGAAGGCGCGUUUAAAUAUCCACAAGAAGUUCGUACAUGAGGGAGCGAUUCCAUUUACGUGUGAAGUCUGUGAUAAGGGUUUCAUGCGAAAGGAGGACAUGAUGAAACACAAAGUGCUACACACUGGCAUCAAACCGUUCAAAUGCGACAAGUGUUCGAAGGCCUUUUCGGUCAAAUCAUCGUUGCAAGCACACCUCAACACUCACAGACGCGAACCGCCCCAGUCAUGCGUCGAAUGCAAUAGAGUGUUUAUCCGACAAGAUUGUCUGAUGCGACACAUUCGGGCGAAGCAUCGGGAACUGUUGGAGGAUGUAAUGAACGAGGUCGAGAAGAAACAUUUGCAAACGCAGUUGUACAACAUUGCAUCGACCGCUGCUGCCAAAAUGAAAACCGGCAAAUCUAGAAGACUCUCCACCGACGAGCUAUUGAAAGCCAUUGUAGAUCUUUUGAGAUUACUUAUCGAUGAGGAAACAUUACAGCUAUUUGGUUGGCCGGAUGCUCCAAUACAAGACGUCCUCGAGGCUGUAAUCAGAAGAUGCGGACAUGAGCCGAUAACAUCGGAGGCCAACGUAGUGUUUACUGAGAGGCUGCGACAAAACGUCAAGCUUCUAUUCACUGUCGUCGUCGACACGGUGAAUGACGAAAUAGUGAAAUCUCUCUUGACAACGAAAACGGUGGACGAUGUCAUUCUUCACGUUUUAGAAAUAUCUAAUCAAAAUUAGGAACAAAAAAAAUAUUACAAGUGACGAUUAUACCUUUUUGAAUAUU